AUGCCCCGGGCCCCGCUCCGUUACCGUCCUGGAUCCACAGCGUCGGCAGGAAACGGUGGCGGCUCGCCGGCCGUCGCAGCCCAGCGCGCUGCUGCAGCGCCCACAAACGGUAGCGAAUCUUCCUCGCCCAUCAUCGUCUUCGUCCCAACAAAGCAGUCUCGGAAGGGCGGCGCAAGAUCGCAGAAAAUGCGACGUCGUCCUCGCGAAUCGCACAUGAUGUCAUGCAUUCACCUGCAGCUGCACGCGCCCACCGUCACGUCACGCAUGGCACGGAAGCUCGCCUUGCCGAGUGUUCCUCCGCCGCCGAGCGAGUACAUGCACCUCGCAUUCUUUACGCAGUGCAGCAACACAGGUACAGGUACAUGCGAGCAGACACAUGCAGGUGCAGCUACGCAAGGACAAGCACAUGUACACAUGUACGAGUACUUACGAGCAGUAGGUGAGUACGCACACAUGUAA